UCUCUGCCCCCGGGCCCAGGAUCUCCCGCCCGCAGGGAGACGCUUGUCCGAAGAGCCGAGCGGCAGCGCACGGGAGCUUCUGUUUCCCUCCCCGGCAGCUGCGCCGGCUGACAUUCCUUUGCAUUUCUUAAGGGGGAAAACUCAACGAAGAAGGGCAGUAGAGAAGCGGGGGAAAGUUGAUUGACUUGCAGAGAGGUGAAGCUUUGCUGUGGCUCUCACUGCACUUUGCACUUGAGACCGUCAGUCCACGCGAAGCUGGAGAAUGGAGCCAGAGCCCCCGCCCGAGCUCACAGCAAUUCCCCUCGGGGAGAAUGGGAGUGUCCACCCGGUGCCCGACACAGCCCUGCUGUCCGCGGGGAGAGGCACGGCCGUGUUCAUCAUCCGCUGUGUGAUCCCUUCACUUUACCUGCUGAUCAUCACUGUCGGCUUGCUGGGCAACGUCACCCUCAUGAAGAUCUUCAUUUCCAACAGUGCCAUGAGAAGUGUGCCAAACAUCUUCAUCUCCAGCCUCGCCGCUGGUGAUCUGCUCCUGCUGGUGACCUGUGUGCCUGUGGAUGCCUCCCGGUAUUUCUCCGAAGAGUGGCUCUUUGGGGAAGUUGGCUGCAAGCUCAUCCCUGUCAUCCAGCUGACCUCCGUUGGUGUCUCUGUCUUCACCCUCACUGCCCUCAGUGCUGACAGGUACAAAGCAAUUGUAAAUCCCAUGGACAUCCAGACCUCCAGUGCAGUGCUGUGGACUUGUCUUAAAGCCACUGCCAUCUGGGUAAUCUCCACACUCCUAGCAGUUCCUGAAGCAGUGUUCUCUGAACUGGCUCACAUCAAUGACACAGAUAAUGCCACUUUCACAGCCUGCAUACCGUACCCCAUGACAGAUGACGUGCACCCAAAGAUCCAUUCUGUGCUGCUUUUCCUUGUGUAUUUCCUUUUCCCUCUUGUAAUUAUCAGUAUCUACUACUAUCAUAUUGCAAAGAGCUUAAUAAAAAGUGCUCACAACAUCCCCGGGGAACACAGUGAGCAUUCCAAAAGACAGAUGGAAACUCGGAAGCGUCUGGCAAAAAUUGUUUUAGUUUUUGUUGGCUUCUUUGCUAUCUGCUGGUUUCCUAACCACGUGCUCUACAUGUACAGAUCUUUUCAUUACAAUAAGAUUGAUCCAUCGAUGGGACAUAUGGUUGUUACCUUAGUGGCCCGAGUGCUAAGCUUCUGCAACUCUUGUGUCAACCCAUUUGCACUGUAUUUUCUCAGUGAGAGUUUUAGAAGACAUUUCAACAACCAGCUUCGCUGCAGGAAGAAAGCUCAGAAAGAGAGAUCUGCCAGCUACUUGUGCAACACUUCUGCCAUUCAAAUGACUUCCCUGAAAAGCAAUACCAGGAACACAGUAACUACCAUGACACAACUGAAUGGGCACCACUUGAAACAAGAAAUGUCAUUAUGAUAUAAUAAGUGUGAUUUUUGACUGUGAAACAAAUCUGAACUUUUCCUUUGCAGCUUGUAACUCACUUUUGGCUCUCAUUCUUAGACAGUCCUCAGAAGAGAGGAUCUGUUAAAUUCUGGCCAAUCUGAGGUUACUUCACACUGUCUGACUCUUAGAUAGAAGUGAAGAGUGUGUUUUACUGAGAAAACAAAACUGGCAUCAUAUUGUACUUUAAAGGAGAUGCUGAUACAUGUUUAACAUAAAGGAAAGCAGUGUAUCUGAUAAAACAUUGCUUUAAAAAAAUAUAGAUUUUCUGAUCUGAAAAUAUGUAUUUUUAACUGAAUGUUGAUCCAGGCUUAUGUUUUGCUUUAAUAGAUUGUGCAUGAUUUUAGCUCUGUGGUGUGUGCUGAUUAAGACUGUUAGGCAUUUUGGAUUCAAUUAAGCUUUUAUUUUUAAUUUAUUUUUUCUUUAAUCAGCUCUCAUGUCAGCACAGGUAGUCUGACUGAAGCUUAUUGCUGCUACUUAUACAAGACUGCUCAUAUAAAAGUUUGAAGGGAGGGGUGUCAGAGCUCUAUCCCCCCUCACACAAUGGCAUAGAAUCAGACAAAUAAUCAUUCCCAAGCCAGGUGAGAGGUUAGCUUUCGUGUCUGUGCUCCAGAGAGAAGAUGCUCACAGUGUCUUUCUUAGAAGGAGUAGUAAUAGCAGACAAAGGCACCUUGUGCAAUAUUGGAGGUUAAUUUUUCACAAACGGGACAGGACCCCUGGGUGAGGCGUCACGAGCUUUUAUUUUGGACACCAGUCUCAGUUACAGUCACAGGAGAUGGCACAAGCUCACUUCUGCACGAGCAGCCAGAGAUCUCUAUUACAGAACAUUUUAAAAGUUUUUCAGCCAAUAGCAUAUUGCUAAAGCUUACAGACAAUUGUUCUAUCCAAUCACUAAAAGCACACAUACACCUUCUUCAAACAAUGCUUGCUUGUUUAUUUUCUAUUAACAAUAGAAUACACAAUAACAAUACACAAUACUCCAUUAUUAAGCUUAAAACCUUCUACUAUCUUGGUAAGCAUAUUUUUCUGCAGCCUUAAGGUCUAUCUUAGCCAAGCUUAAAAACUCAACUAUUGUUUCAUGUCCUUGCAUAUUGUAUUAUUUUUUCUUCUUUACUUUCAGGCUUUGCAGCUGCAGCUAGCUCUAAGUUCUCUGCUUUUUCUUUUCUGAGGCCAGUUUUCACAGCUUAUGAAAGUCUUCUUACUUUUACUGUUUCCCACAGU